UCGACCUUAACAACACCGACAAUGAGCAAGGAAUGGAUAGCAUGCUUGAAAAAACAGCUGAAGAAGAGACCUUUUUAUUCAAAUGCAAUUAUUGGCUUUUUAAUGGUGGGACUUGAGAAACUCGUGGAGAUGGACUUUGCAUGUCCUUGUAAACCAGCGAUGAACCUGCUGUUUUCUGCAGCAUAUUUUGUGGUUCCUGCUCUGUUCUCCAGCACACUCAUGUUUUAUAUUCAAAGCCCACAAUGCAAAACAAAGUGUCUGCUCUCCACGGUAACCUGCAUCAUUCCAGCUGUUGUUUGGAUCAUGCUGCUGCUCUUUGAUGGACAAUACUUUGCCUGUGCGAAAACCUCCUGGGAAGGACUGACGGUUCACACGGAUAUAUCUGCUUCAACAACAUGGUGUCAGCCUUUGAUCAAUUCUAACAACAUCACUGAAAAGCAAAUGGCAUUUUUUGGCUUUCGAAAUACUUCUCAGAUAGUGGCACUGGCCAUGCUGGCUCUGAGCUCUCUGCCCCUAUUUAUAAUUGGAUGCAUGAGGUGUCGCCAUCAAACAGCAGGAACCAAAGAACCUGAAGCUGAACAAGUGGAAAUGGAGGAUCCUGGUCAAAGUUCAGCUCCCCCUCGUGAAAGAUCUUCAUUAAUGGAGGAUGAAUGAGGUGCAUCUUCUGAACAGCUGUAAAUACAGAAGCUUUAAACAGAGGUUUUGCAAAGCACCAUUAAUGGUCACAAAUCUCAUGUUUAAAAUGGUACAAAAAAGGGGAAACAACAACAUUUGUAGCACAUUCUCAUCUAGCUGUACCACAAAGUGCAUUUGUUUCUCAGACGUCUUGGCGUCAUUGACAGUAAGAAACCACAUCCUGUAAUUCAGUGCACUGUGUUAAGUAACAUGGUGCUCACGUUUGCUGACUUAUUUUUUUUACGCUUUUGGCUUGGUAUACUUACUUUGAAGUUUGUA